AGGUGUUAACAAGGGACUGUCGUUAAAAAUAAUCUCCCAGUUUGUCACAGCUGUUAUAAUUUUAGUGACUGCAAUGUCAUUAAAGUACGUGUGUAGGCUACUGACUACUUUGACGUAACAAAAUUUUGUGUUAGCAACACUACUACAGAGUACAGAACAGAAAAAAAACUGCUGUCGUGAAGUUCGUAACAUGUGAUGUUUCGUGAAAAGUGUUAAAUUAUUUUGCGAAAAACAAUUUAAAUUACUUGUGUUGUGUGUAUAGUGAUAAAACUUUAUUAGUGAGAGUGCCCUGUUGUGGAGAUUGUGAAAUAACGGAAGGAAUAUCACAUCAAUUAUUACAUGGAUAAAGCCGUCACUUGAGGUUGUAAAGAUAUGGAAUCGCACAUACUGAACAUGUACCAUCAAGCCCCUUACAGAUCAAUCGGGCAUAAGGUCAUGCGUUCAAACAGCAAUUCAAUGUCUUCAGAGAGCAGCAACCAGAGUCCUGAGUACAAUGCUCAAAAUGACCACAGUGAGGUUUACAGCAGCCACCAGGGUCGGUGCAUGCAGAGUCAAGCAACAACACAGUCAUGUCACGACACCAGCUCUGAAGAUGAAGAGGAAAACAUAGAAGUCCAUGAGGUUUCAGUGGUAACUGAUCAUAACACAUCAACAGAAGUGGAGAACUAUGAAGACUGCUCUCUAGUUGAAGGUGACGACUAUGAAGUCAUCCAAGUAUAUGCCGUCCACCCUGAUUUAGAUCUAGAAGCUUCAUCAGAAGACGAUGACGAUAAUGAUGAUAGGGAAGAACUUACAGAUGGCGAAUGUAAUAAUGUUGAAAAUAAUCACUACACUGACCAUGAUUACAAUGAACCUGAAAACAGACAUCCUGAAGUGAUCCACGACAAUAUAAGUAUAGACCUAGAUACACCUGUAGUUUCUAGUGUUGAUGAAUACUUUGUAAAAGAUACCAAGAAUGUAUUGGAAAUCAAAGAUGAACCUGUAAUUAGUGAUGUAGAUGAUUUCUUUAAAAAGGAUAGACCAAAAAUAGACGACUUAUUUAUUCGUUGUAGUCGCGAUGAAGAUAAUUUACGAGUACCCGAUGAAGUCCCAGAUGAUUUCUUAGCUGACGAUAAGGAAGAAAAAGAAGUAAUAGAAUCAGUUACAGAAAUCCCGGUUUUAUCUCUGAAUGAAUCAGAUUUAGAAAGACUUCCAAGGAUAGAAGCCAUAAAAAAAUAUCUGCUGGAAGAUACAACUUGUUCAAAGUUCAAGCAUGCUCAAAGAUCUUUCUCUGUGCCACAUUCUCCCAUGAAUAUUAAUAUGGAUACUGAUGACGGGAAAACAUGCUUGAGUUUCGAGGAUCUAAACUUAGAUUUGUCUGAUCUUGCAUUAGACAGUGAAAAAGACAAGGCUGACAGCAGUGUAAAAAAAUUUGAUGACAUUCCACAAACAUUAACUGAAGAAGAAGUCAAUAGUUUUUUAAUAACAAAUAAAGUUGAGAAUUAUAAAAAUGAAGACGAUUUCAGCACACAAGAUAUGGAGAUUGAGCAGCCUCUAGCAUCUACUCUAAGUUGUGUCCCAGUGAUACCACGUACUUCCACGCCAAUUCCUAAACCGGCCGUUCUUGAAUAUUGCAUUGAAAAAUCUGCGAUUAAAUUGGAACCAAGCGCUGAGAUAAAAACAGAAAUUGAUGAUUUUGUUGAUGUUGAGUCAUGCAAUGAUGCUGCAAUUCCAGUUUUAGAGGCCAAUAACUUAAAUUCCCUACUGGAACAGUUUGAAGCAACAGAGAAGAUAAACAUCAAGAAAAUAUCACCAUUAAUUAAAGGUGAAGAAUUACAACCAGUGAAAAAUAUACCUAAAGUCAGCUUAACCAAUGGAAUGAGACUUCAAGACGCAGGUGUCCAACUUAACAAGAACAAGAUGCGGCAAAUUUUGAUGCCGCCAACAAUAAAGUCGGUCAAGCGCGCGCCAAGUCCCGUCCGUUCGGAUCACGACUACUGCACAUCAAAAAAGCGGCAAAGUUUGCCCGGUCUUAAGAAAGGGCAAAGUCUUCUGAAGCCAGAAGUCUUGUCAAGCAACAAUAGGAUACUCAAUUCUAGACAUAGAUCAUGCAAGAAUAAAAAGAUUGUGUACAACCUAAGUAGUGAUGACGAAAGUGAAAAAUGUAAUAACAAUAAUAAAAAUAAAAAACUUAAUAAGGACGAUAGUGACUUUAAAGCAAAGAAAAUUAGUGCUAAACAAAUAAUCAAGCCUGUCGUUUUACCAGUCGCCCGCAAAAUACUUUCAAAUGACAGUGAUGCGGUCGACAGUAGCGUUAAAAAUAACAAUUCUGUGAUGAUCAAAAAUGCUUGUAAAGCAAGUGAUAAUCCUGUUAGUCAGUCAAAUGGUAGUAUUAAGUUAAUUAUAAAAAAUAAAUCUGAAGUUAUAUUAAACUGUGAUGAAAAAGACUCUCAGAUAAAUAGUAAGAGUAUUGUUAAAGUUAAAUCUAGUAGUGUGAGCGAAAAGACUUCAAACAGUGUGAAGAAUAAGCCUCCUAAAGAAAUUAUAAAUCCAAAAGAUAACAAUAUAAAGGAAAUAGAUAGUAACAAAGGUAAAUGUAUAAAUAAUAGUGAAAAUAUUUGUGCUAAUGUGCAAACUAAAGAAGUGCAUAAAUCAAAAGAAGAAGAACCUAAAUCGAAAAAUGAGAAUUUUUACACAGCCCUUUUUAGUAAUAAACAAGAUGUACAAGUUCCAAAAUCGAUGCAAACUAAAUCUGAGAAGCUGCUAUUUGAAGAAGAACUGCAGAAGAUAUCUGAGGAAUCCAUUAAGAAGGAAUUAGAACAGCCAGCUAAGAAGAAAAAGCUAAAUCUGCAAGAAUACAAAAUGAGGAAAGCUAAUUCUAAUAAUAGUUCAGCGACUGUGAGUCCCGAAUCAAUUUUUCCUGAAAUGCCCCAUUUGAAUUUAGACAAACCAGUCAGACCAAUAAUUCAAACUACUCCGGCAGUUAAAUCAGCUCAAGAAACUCCCAAAGAUUUAUUUGAUCCUAUUAGAGAGGCUUCCAGAAAGAUUAUUAUGAUUUCUAAGAGGCAAAAAGCAGAGGCGAUGAGAAAACGCGAUGAAGAUAUAGUCAUGAGAAAAAUACCCAGAGUCGAAAACUUGCAACUUCAGCCUUUAAUGACUGAUGCAGAAAUGAUGAAAAUGGUAGGCCUUAAUCCACCAGUACAACUACCUGUUCCAAUUAAAAAAGUAAUGCGUGAAAAACCACACAAGCCGCAGGCUCUCCCAGAAUACGAGGAGAUAAUUUUAGUCAGUGUCGGCACCAACACCGACGAGAAAAUAUUCAAGGAAUUGACAGAAGCUGCUAAACCAGUGAAAGCAGUUAAAAGUACAUCGAAGUCACCGUCCACGGUCGAUGCUAAAUCGUUAAUAAACUUUAAAAUAAAGACAUCUGACCAUGUACUUAAACAGAAUGUUUUUGAUAAUACAAACAGGGAUAAGAAGAGUCCCGACGAUAACAGACAGGCAGAUUCUAAAAUCGAUAGGGAAAGAUACAAAGGUAUCACAGCAGCUUUAAAAAGCGUCGAAAAACAGGUUGAUACGAAAAUAUCGAGUAACUCAUUAUUUGCUAGCAUCCAAGAUGUUGUUUUGAAGAAAGCUCCUGAAGAAAAUGAUCGUAAAUCUUCAAAACCUAGCUCCCCUUCGGAAAAGGCAUCUCGGCAAUAUGUUAAAACGACUAUAAUACGUAAAUAUGAUGCUGAUGCCGAUCACGGAGAAGACAAGAUAAUUCUCCACUUGGAAAAAAAUAGACGCAAGCCAGCUGCUGCUAGUAUUGUGGUUCAAACCGAUUUACUGCCUGAGUUUUCCCAUUUGUCACUAUCAACAGGGCAGACGAAAGAUAAGGUUGUGACUAGGAAACGAAACGAUAGUGACAUGUCGAUGUCUAGUGAAGGCAGUCCCAGAACGAAAGACCUUAAAACGCCAGCUAAAGUGGACACGAAAGUCGUUAGACCCAAAGUCGAUAAUCGUCCAGAGAAGCGAUCAUUGUCUAAAGAAAAACGGUCGAGAUCAAGAGAUCGCCACGAUAAAUACCGUAGACGGUCGAGAUCCCGAAGCCGUAGACGAAGGUCUUACAGCAGAAGCCGUUCAAGGUCUCGAGGGCGUUACAAUAGAUACAGGAGGUCAGACUCUCCUUACAAGAGGAAACGUAGAUCGCCUUCACCUUACCGCAGAAGGUCGCCUAGUCGUAGGAAAGAUAGGUUGAAUCGAUCCAGGACGCCUAGACGCGACGAAUCGACUCCUAGAAGUCCCGCCCAUAAAAAACUUAAAAGGAGUCCUCGGUCAAGCGAACGGCCAGAGCCGGCCAAGUCAUUGACUCCUCCGAUGCGAAACUUCACCAUUUCUGAGUGUUCAGAUUCGCUGACUAGGUCAUCGUCCUCGUUAUCAUCAAGGUCAUCCCAUUCGAGGAAAUCUGAGAGGUCAUCACACAGUCCGUACAGACGGGAUGAGCCAUACAGGAAGAAGUAUAGUAGUUUCAGCUCGGAAGAUAGAGAGAGCAAUACGCCCGUGGAAGAGAGACGGAUAGUGUUUGUGGGUAAACUGGAGAAGGACAUCAAUAAGAACACGUUGCGCGGUCAGUUCUCCAAGUUCGGCCCUGUAAUGGAGGUGCGGCUGCAUAGUAAAGAGGAUGGAACUCGUUAUGGCUUCGUGACAUUCAAACAUGCACGUGACGCCUGGUCCGCCGUGGAAGCGGCCUCCACUUUCCCACAGUACGAUGUUGGCUUUGGAGGGAGAAGGGCGUUUUGCAGGCAAAGCUAUGCUGACCUCGAUGGCUUGGAGGCUAAAUACACCGAGAGCGCGUUCCACGGCGCGGCCACAAUGCUCACGCGUCGCACCAACGAGAUAUCAUUCGAGGAGAUGUUACUCGAAGUGCGACAGACACUCAGCCAGCGCCUGAACGAGAGCAAACGUCAGGACGAUAAACCUUGACGGUUGCUUCCCGCGAGCCAGUUAGACAAACAAUUUGCCGCCACAUUUCCCGCUGUGACACUGACAUAUGUCACCUUGACAUUGACAGCUGUCAGUUGAACGCGAACGGCGCGAAGCGUUGGGCGAGUGCAAUGAUGCAGCUAUUCAUUCGGAUGUGACAUCUAGUGCAAUUGGACAAAAGACAUUAUGCUUUCGACUUAUAUUUUUGCUCACACUGUACCUAUUCCGUUAUUUUUGUUUAGUUACAUCUAGUACCGUUAGUUUUAGUUGUUUACCUCACUUGUAAAUAGUAGUGUUUAGUGUAAAUUUUUAUGUAUCAUACAUAGCUCUUAUGUAUAACUGUUUUAUGGCUACCUCUUUUUGUCACUAAUUUUGUAGCGGAAUUAAAGACGUUUUUUUUUAUGACUUAUAACAACUGUUUUAUUUUUAAGCAAUUUUAUAGCUCACAUAUGCGUCGAUAGCCAGUCUGAAAAAUUCUAUCAUAAUUAUACUUGCAUUUCGUAGAAAUUUUGUACUUUUUCAGCCAUUAAUGGUUUAGAAAAAUUACCAAUGUUCAAAUUUGGUAGAAUUUUUGGCUGUCCAUUGGCAAAAAUGCGCAAAAGAAUGUUUUUGUUUUAUAUUUUGAUGUAGGUUUAUAAAAAAAUCAAUUGAGUUGUCGAGUGUAAAAAUUGAAAUUGAUUUGAAAAAUCUUCUUUAAAACCAAAUAAAAAGCCGCUCUUCCAUUUUUCCUAAUGUUUUUAUUCUUCAACAUUUAUGUAAAAAAUGUAUUCUUGUUAAGCCUUUACAGUACCAUUCUAGAUCUUAGAAUUAUGCACUUCAUAACUGAAUGUUACCACUUGUCACUAAGUAUAAAAAUGUUAAAAUAAUACAUACUGUAAAUAUACUUAUUUUAAGUGAUAAUAAUGUCAUUUCAUUAUAUUUCGUUCAAAAUAUAAACGCGCCUUUUAAAAAUAGAAAUAUGUGCGUAAUUUGGGUUUCCUGCUUCCAUGAAACAAGUAUACAAAUACUCUUUUUUACCCCCACUUGUAACCCGACCACAUAUUAAGACGUAUACAUGUUGCAUUAGAUGUUAUCCAAAUUACGCUAUAUGAUAUAACGGCAAAAUAAAGGUGUGUUUUAUAUACUUCUAAAUACAGAUGGAUAUGCUUUUAAGACGCAUUACCAACCAUGAUGCAAUAUUAUUAGAGGUUAGAUUCUCCUGCACAGGUUGCGGAGACCUGACUUACCCAUUCUUGGAUUAUGAUUGAGAACGAAUAAAAGCAAGCUCGGUUGAAGCUAUUUAAGCUUAUCUUUAUCUGUAUUUGAUGAAAUUUCGUGAGGCUUCUUUUUUAUAGAAAACAAAUGAAACGCUUUUAACUUCCGUAUUGAGAUUUUCAGUGCCAAAAAGUACUCGCCGUUCCUAUUUGUAGAAAAAAAAUAUCCAUUUUAGAUAACUACUUUACGAUAUUUAGGUCUUAACGCGACACAAUAACAAAUGUUAUAAAUAAAAGUAGUGCGGUAUGUUGGCUGUUUUGACUCUGGGCGGGGCAAUGAAAAAAGAUUUUUGUACUGUAAAAAUAAAAUUCGGAUGUCAAAAGAGCCAACGUUCGAAGCCGAAAAUUCGAAUUUUUUAAAUCGCACAAACAGUAAUUAAAAAACGCAUGUUUUAGUCUACCUACUUAAUAAAAAUCAUAAAAUAUUGUACUCGAUUUUUGUAGCACUCUUCAGUAACUUUUGACCGGUUGUUUAUUGUAAUUUAAAGUAUUAUAAUUCACUAUUUAAAAAAACAAUAUAUUUAUAUAUUUCUCAGGUGCUAAGUAGUUAACAGUAAGUUUGCAAAGAAAAUCUGUAAAAAAUAUAAAAGAGUAAGAAUUACAUAUUAACUUUGAUUCAUCCUUUUAAGGAAAAGGCCUCGUGUCAUUAUCGUCUUUUCCUUUAGUUAAUUUCUUUUAGUGAAUAUUUAAGUGUAUGAUUCUAUCCAUACAGAACUGAAGUUAAAAAAGAUUAUGUAUAUCAUAAAAUACGAUCAACUUAGAUAAUGAAACCACUUAAUUUAAACCAACUUUAUUGAUAAUGGAAUACUCAUCAUCGUGGUUCUACAGUCAUACCCCGGGAAUGAAUGGUUCCAAUCGUACAAUUAUAUAUUAAAAAAUUUUGUUUUUUUUUUUGACAGCAGCACAGAUAUACCAUUAAAAAGUAAAGACACAGGACAUAGAAUGAUAAUUAUUUUGACAGCUAUCACUCUUAUCAUCGUACGAAUAAAUAAGUAUAUGGAUAGAAUCUUAUUAGUACUGAUUUUCGUUUUUAUUAUUUCGAUCGAGAACCUAGUCAAAGUUACUAGAUUUUGUUUUGUGAUUAUAUUUAUUUUACGUUAAGCCUAUUUAAAUGGAAUUAAGUAUACGUUGGUAGCUCUGCGUUUAGUUUCACGAAUUUGUUUAAUGAAAAGUCUAAAACUACUCAAUUGAUUAGGAUUUUCGAUGCUUUUUUGGAUUUUCAUUAAAAAUAUAUGUAAAAAAAAAUCGAAAUGAAUGAAAUGUAUUGUAGUACCAUGUUGUUUUUGAAUGUGUAUUUUUCACAAUACUCAGACAAUGGUCGAAAAGGUAAAAAAUAUUGUACUGAAAAUGUUUAAAAAAUAUUAUAAAAAUCUUAAAAUACGUAAAAUUUAUAUAAAAAGGUUAUGUACUUAGAAAGUAAAUUAAAUAAUGUUGGAUCACAGGAAAAGAGAAAGCAUGUUUUUUAAUUUAAAAUUAGAUCAAACAGCCUUUUAUAAACUUUAUAUCUUACGCAUGUAUUAUAUAAGAGAACUGAAUUUUUUAGAAUUUCCUGCUUAUUUAUAUUUGCUGAUUAAAACAAAAAAAGUUGAAAAAAAAAAUCAGAAAAUAUUAUUGUAACUAAAAAAAUUAUUUUUGUCAAAUUAAGAAGUGAUUAAAAGUUAAUGCAAAUUAAAAAAAACUGACCAUUGUCUUAAAAGAGUGACAAAUUAGUGCAUAGGUCUUUAGUCAAAUUAUGUUAUAGGUAUUUGAAACGCUGUAUUUCAAUGGAAAUAAAAAUUGAAAAAAAAAAUUACUCAUUUUCUAUAGUAAAUGAUUCGUAUAGUUUCUAAGGCGUAAGAUCAUCGGUACAUAUUCUUUGGAAGUGAAAAACUGAAUCAACUUUUAGACUAAGUUUUUAUGUCAAUUAUCCAUUUGAAUUUCCGGAGACGUUAAUGAAUGUGGUAACAUAAAUUUGGGGCGAAGCGGAGAUAUGAUUUGUAUACCCUCUGCGUUGCGUAUGAAUUAGUUCGUACAAACUCUUAGGAUACAAAACACUUUCGUUUUGCCUCCGGACUUAUACAUAAUAAGGCUGAUUUCAGAAUAACGCCGACCAGCGCGUUCUAAAGCGUUUAAGCAGGUCGCUGUUAAACAUGUUUUAUUAUCUUUUUUGUAAGU